AUGUCGUCCGCGAGUGGUUUCUCGAACAUUGAAAAGCUCGCCGAAAAUAAUUACGAGCUAUGGAAAAUUCAAAUGAAAAGUGUCCUAGUGUACAAUGAUUUAUGGCAAUACGUCGAUGGCGCCGAGGUCAAGCCGACAGAAGAUGCUCAGGACUGGGCAAGAAAGGAUUCAAAGGCAUUGGCGUUGAUAAAUUUAAGCAUCUCACACAGCCAGUUGAACCACGUGAAGAAAGCCAGUACAGCAAAAGCUGCUUGGGACAUUCUCAAGGAAGUGUUUGAGUCAAAAGGGCCGGUGAGGAAAGUUACAUUGUAUAAACAAUUAAUAAGAAUGGAAAAGAAACCGUCCGAAAAAAUGACGCAAUAUGUAAAUGAGUUUUUGUCGAAAGCGAGUCAGCUAGAAGAAGCUGGCAUCGAAAUUGCCGAGGAAUUACUAUGUCGGACGCAAGUGCCGCAUGAUCAAAAAGAUCGUCAUAUUAUCUGCUGUUCCGGGCCUAAGCAAUACGCUUACGUGGGCAACGAUCCGGGACGUAACAUAUACUUUUGGUGGCAGCAAUGGGAACGAUCACCCAUCGUGUAUGCCAAAGUGUUGCCUUUCCAAGGUCCUGAACUUAGGUCUGCGUCGAAACCCAACCCCGACGAGACCGGAUUGCAAGGACAAGAACUGUUUGUAUAUAUCGACGAUAUCGUAAUUUACGCCCGAUCACUAGCCGAACACCGCGAAAAAUUUAACAAACUCGCUGAUAGACUCCGUAAAGCAAAUUUGAAAUUGGAACCAUUAAAAUGCGGAUUCCUUUACAAGGAGGUUGCUUAUUUAGGUCAUUACCUCAUUCUCCGAGAUCAGUUUCUGAGGAAGCUGAUUCGAACCGGGCAUCACAGUACUAAAUACGGAACACAUAAAGUUACAAACGAAAGUACACUGAAACGAAUUAUCAAUAAUUUUAUACAGUAUGGAACUAUUCAAAAUCAUAGACACGAUCUGCCAGGUCCUUCUGCGUCUAUAACUGUAGAAGAAAAUAUUGAAGCAAUUAAAAAUUAUUUCGAACAGAAUCCAAAUGCUUCCAUUCGGAAAGCUGCCCAAGCUUUUAAAAUAUCAAAAACAACAUUACACAGGAUUUUAAAAUAUUUUCUGAAAAUGCAUCCGUAUAAAAUAACAUCUCAUCAAUUGCUAACCGAGCGCGCUAUGUUGAAACGUGUGGAAUUUUGCAAGACGAUAAAUGGAAUGUUUGAAAAUGAAGAACUUGAUGAAAAAUUCAUAAUUUAUACGGAUGAAGCACAUUUUUGGCUAAAUGGUUACGUGAAUAAGCAAAAUUAUCGAUUUUGGGGGUCGGAAAAUCUCAACGUUUCCCUGGCUAAAGAUUUACAUUCAGAAAAAAUAACGGUAUGGGCUGCGAUCUCAAUCAAAGGAAUUUAUCUGCAAUUCUUUGACUCGACAGUCACUGGUGAAAGUUACAAGCAGAUUCUUGAACAAAAAUUCUUCCCUCAUGCAAAAAAAAAGAGGCCUAGUCAGAGAUUUUUAUUUCUCAGGAGGUCUUCGAAACAAUCCAUAAAAUGUAUGGCAGCCGAGUCAUUGGUCUGGGAUACCCUAAAUUUUUCCAAGGAGGGCUAGAAUGGCCACCAUACUCACCGGAUUUGAAUCCGUGUGAUUUCCUUCUUUGGGGAUACAUUAAAGACAAUUGUUAUGCCACAAAUCCAACAACAGUGCCAGAUUUAAUAGCAGCUAUUAAAAGGAUCGUCAAUAACAUUAAAAAUGAUAUGUUAGAGAAAGUUUUUACGAGUUUUCGUAAAAGAAUAGAAUUUUGCACAGAUUCAGAUGGUGCGC